GUUCAGCACGGGAUUCGGUUCAGUACAGAGACAUUGGCCGAAUUUUGGGACCACUGGAAGAAGAACUUCCCUUACCACCCCGCUGCUGAGAAGCAACCGCCGCAUCACACUCCGAUAGGCUUCUCUGGGGAUGACACAUCCUAUUCCCUGGCUGGAGCGAAAGCUAUCGUGAUGUUAGUCUCCUAUGUCCUUCACGAGCCGGGCCCAAAGCAGCUAUCGCGAUUUCCUUGGUGUAUUUUGCGGUACGAACUAUCUUUGGGCCCUGCAACCCUGGACCCCAUCAUGAAAAUUUGUGCUUGGUCUCUCAACGUGGCAUAUUUUGGUUCGCGGCGACUGGAAGUGGCACGUGGAGCUGUUCCGACUCAAGAGUUCGACCGGUUCGAGAACUUCGAUUCGACACCUCGCUUUACAGCGAGCCAGUUCUUCGAUGUGUCAUUGGGUCGGUACGUGUGCCCGCUGGUGGCCGUUGCUGGCUUCACACCGGACAUGAUCACAUUUUGCAGCAUGCACGUUUCCAACCUCGGCUUGUUGCAGUGGGUCAACGGUGGAGUGCUGAUUGGAUUACUGGACAGAGGGAUUUUUGGCCACCCUCGCCACGUCCCCGUUCGCGAACGGCUGAGGAUCGCGACAGUGCGUUUCAGAGAGUGGUGUGCCCUGCAUGCGAUCCCACAGUCGCAGCCGAUUAUCACACAGGGCAUGCUCUUUCGCGACCCACCGGAGCUUACUUUGAAAGCUUAUCAUUCCAGGAUUUUUGCGGCUUUCCUGACGGCCGUAUGUCAUGGCUUGAUCAAUGACAGCUCGACGAACGACGACGAGGAGCUGUUGUUGUGGCUUGAGGUUUGCCGGAGUAUCUCGCAGUGGCAUUCAAAGUUAGAAGAUUGCAACCGAUACUUGCUACCAACGGAUGCCGCCGAGCUCACAAGCAUCGCACAUCGCUUCUUGAGGGUGUACAAG